AUGUCCAGUCUGGAUGUGGUUGCAUCGAUGGAGCUUGCAGGCUUCACUUUCACGGCCGAAAACGUGGUUGGGAUUAAGAAGAGAAUGACCAAACCGCCCUGGAUUAUGGAGAAGACCCUAGCUCUUAGAGUACAAAAGAAUCUGUCAGAGAAGGAGUACUUGCGACACCCUACUGUACCCUUGAAGGCAGCUCAUCACCCUUUUGUUCGUGCAGUUGAUCAGAGCUACAGACUGGAUGGAGAACUUUCAUUGGAGGGGAAGUCAGAAAUGGUAACUGGCAAGCAGUAUUCAAUUGGGCUCGACAGUUGUUCGUUCAGGACAGAACUCGUCUCAUCAUUGUCCAGGACGUUUGGAGUAUCCCAUUGGCACAUCGGCUAG